GUAGUCGUGUUUUGUUAGCAACAGUUGCUGUGUUUCCAGAUUUGACGCUUUUUACACUUUAGUCUGUUUUUAUCUUUCUGUCGUCUCUUAGAGUUUAAGAAAUGAUUUUUAACCUCCUCACUCUACUCUGACUUCGCUUCUUUGCCGAGUUUUAACCGUCAGCUGCUGUUUUUUUUAAUCCGUCUUUCUGCGGAGCGGGAAGUUUGAAAGCUGCUGUUAGCAUGCAGGCUAACCGCUAGCUCACUUUAAAUUAACUUUAUUGAGCCGCGGGUCCGUUAACAGCCAUGUUGUCUCGGCCCGGUUCCGGUUCUCUCUCUGGUCCCGUCAGUCCGGAUCAGUCCUCCUGCAGCUCGGAAACCGGGAGCGUUUUAAUUCGCUCCACCAGGGCUCUUCCCCGGAGACACGGAGCUGGAGCCGGUAACGUCCAGAUCACCGUCCAGAAGCUCCGGGAGCCUCCCCGGGUUCAGGCUCCUCUGACCGGUCAGCGGCUCAGGCAGAAGCCGGAGAUCAGCGAUGCAAAGCCGGCAGCAGCAGACCGUGAGCCCGGUCCCGACCUGCUGACAUCACGAUUCGAGGCCGGAGGUCGAGGCGUCGUGUUGGCGGCUCUGAAACAACGGUCCCACAGCGCCCCCCACAGGAGGGAGGUCAGGGUCCAGAUGUUGGACCAGCUGCCCCUCCAGACCUCAGCAGACCCACAGGACGCUGCUCUCAGUUCCCAGAAUGCAACAGGUGUGGCGUCGGUCCAGAGGGAGGCGGAGCUAAACUCUGGUCGCCAUGGAGACGCCAGCAGCGCAGCAACAACGGCAGCGGCUGUUGUUGCUGCUGCAGCUCCACUGAUCAAGGCUCAGUCAGACAUGGAGGCUCGAGUGUCUCAGCUGGCAGACAGAGUUGAGAAGCUGCUGCAGCCUGAAAGGCACGGCGAGGGGAGGGGGCGGAGCCUGAGCCAGCAGACGCUGCAGCAGCUGGAGACGCUUCAGAACCAACAGCUGCAGCUGCAGAGCCAGCUGUUGGAGUCCGCCCUCAGGAUAGUCACAGGCCACGCCCCCACGACCUCUGACCUCACAGCUCCAGGGCGACCCGCCCACCUGCAGGUUACACACCUGGACGCUGCAGCAAAUGGCCGGAGCUCCUCGGCAACUGCAGCCUCUUCUGCCGCCGUGGAAACCGUGCCAGUUGCCAUGGAAACGUGCCGCCGUGACCGAUGGCCAGAGCAAACCAGGGACGAGUGGUAUCUUCGAGGUGCUUCCAGAGUUUCUGCAGCUGAAAGAACUCACCUGCAUUUUUCAUCCAAUGACAGCCAGGAGGUGGUGAGGAGAGCCAAUGAGAUGCUGAGGGAGAUGGGACGUCUGAAGACUGAGAUGAAGGUGCUGCUGACGCAGCCAGAAGACUCACUGGAAACCUCCAGACCUGUACCGGACCACCUCCAGGUCCAACAAAACCAGCAUCUGACCCGGUUACACCAGAGCCAUCAAAACCAGACCCAACAAAACCAAUCAAAACAAAACAAACCCCCCAAAACUCAAUCUCAACAAAACCGAUCCCAACAGAAGCAAUCCCAGCAAGUCCCAUCUCAGUCCCAUCAAAACCAGUCCCAACAAAUCCAAUUCCAACAAGACCAGUCCCAAUAUAAGAAAUCAAACCAGUCUCAGUCACAGCUAUCCCAGUACCAUCAAAACCAAUCAAACCAAAACAAAUCCCAACAAAACCAGUCCCAACAGAAACAGUCCCAACAAAUUCCAUCUCAGUCCCAUCAAAACCAGUCCCAACAAAAGAAAUCACAACAAAACCAGUUCCAUUAUGAGAAAUCCCAACAAAACCAAUCUCAGCCCCAGCUAUCCCAGUGCCAUCAAAACCAGUCAAACCAAAACCAAUCACAACAAAACCAGUCCCAACAAAUCCAAUCCCAACAACACCAGUCUGAAUCCCAUCAAGAUCAAUCUCAACAAAAUAAUUCCCAACACAACCAGUCCCAUUCCCAGCUAUCCCAGUGCCUUCAAAACUCAUCUCAUCAACACCAGUCCCAGUCCAAACAAACCAGUUCCCAAGACAACCACUUUACCUACAAACCUUCCCAUUUCCAACAAAACCAGUCACAGUUCUUACAAUCCCAGUCACAGCAAAACCAGUCCCAAAAUUACCAAGAACACCACUUCCGGUCUGAACCUUCCCAGUUCCACCAAAACCAGUCCCACCAGCACACAUCCCAACAAAACCAGUCCCAUCCCCUGUUCCAUCAAAUCCAGCCAAAACAACAUCAGACCCAUCGAGCCCAGUCCGAGCAGUUCCAGUCUGUACUGGUCCAGAGGAAGCCUGUGGUUCCGUCCCCAUUGGAGGAGGCUGGUCAGGUUCUCCGUCAGGUCCGGAGACAGAAGAAAGUUCUGGAGGAGAACCUGGAAGCUCUGCUGAGAGCCAAGACUGGAGAGGUGCUACACUGCCAGCUGGAAGCUCUGGCUGCUAACAGAGAUUGGACCGAGGAGGUUCGGAUCAAGAAGACGGUGGACGCCUGUAUCAGCACUUUAACCAGAGAUAUCCAGGCUGAGAUGUCUUUAGAAGACGCCGCCCGCUGCAGAGCCACAGACGCUGCUGUGACAUCACAGAGCUCCGCCCACCCAGGAAAGAGGAAGCCACUGAGCAUGCCCAGAACAGCAGGAAGUAGACCGAUGGCAGGUAGAGGAAGCAGAGGACGGACAGCUGGACACAAAGCGGGGGCGGAGCCUGACGCAGCUUCAGGUAGACUGAUGGACAGCCAGCAGGUGGGUGGAGAGUCGUACCUGAACCGUCUGUACGGCAGAGCGCCGUACGAAGGCCAGAGACGAACCCUAAAGAAGAGUCCAUACCUUCGCCUCAACUCACCUGCCUCGCCACUGGGCAGGAAGCCCCGCCCCCGCCUGGUGGAGAGUGUCCGAGGUGUGAAGCUGAAAUCCUGUAAGACUCAGACCAGUCUGGCUCCCCCCCUUAAUGUGGCCCCGCCCCUCAGUUUAUCACCUGGACGACGUCAGCAUCGCCAUGUCUUCAGCUCCUCCCACCUGACCUCAGGUGACCCUGCCGUCCUCUCCGUGACCCCUGCAGAGAGUUUCCCUGUUGCCGUGGCGAUCCCGCUGGGUCGUCCAAGGAUCGACUCCUCCAGACGUCCACGAACAGUGACAUCAUCACCACCAGCCCCGCCUCCUGAAGCAGCUGUGGUUGCUAUAGACGACGGAUCACCUGAGCAACAGAAGCAGCAGCUGGAUGAAGACGAAGCUCCUCCUCCAUCAAACACCGUCGACAUCAUCGAGAGGAAGAGCGAGGAAGAGGAAGAGGAAGAAGAAAAAGAAGAAGAGAACGUCUUCCCUGGAUCUGACUUCCUGUCUGUUGCUGAUGUCAUCCAGCAGGAGGUGAGUGUGGAGGCUGAGGAGGAGGUUCUGCUGGAUGGAGGUCCGUCUCCUCCUCCGGUUCUGUACCAGGGUCCAGCCUUCCCUCCCCAGGCCUCCUCUGGCCUCCCUGCCCAGGAUCAGGUGUCCGUCCCAGGCAUCGAGCAGCAGCGAGACGCCCUGGAGACCCGGCUGGUGGAAUGGGUUGAACAGCAGCUGAUGUCCAGGAUCAUCUCUGACAUGUACCGCCCCCCUCAGCCUGACCCCGCCCACAACCAGCACACCGACCAAUCAGAGCUUGAGGAGGGAAGCGUCACCUCUGAAAUCGUGGAGGCAGCAGGAGGAGGAGGUUUGCAGCUUUUCGUCGACUCCAACACGUCGGUGGAUUCAGAUUUAAUCAGGCAGCUGGUUAACGAGGUUCUGACUGAGACCGUUGGCCUGAUGCUGGGUCAGAGAGAAACUGGACCAGGACCAGGAACAGCAGAACAGCAGCAGGUUAAACUGGCUCCACUGGUCCUCACUCCAGUACCGACACCACCUCCCAGUCCGACCCAGCCCAGUAGGGAGACCGGACCUGUGACCACGCCUCCUCCAUCAGAACCAACCAGCCCUCUGAACCGGGAGUCUCCUCAGCCAAUCACAGUGCCAGAGCCUGUAGCCACGCCCCCUCCCAGCCCGGAGCCAGGAAGUCCAGCAGCUGUUCAGGCCCCGCCUCCUCUCACCUGGGGAGACGCUGAGCUGCCAUUGGACGAGGAGAGACCAGAGGAACAUCUGGAUUCCCCCAAACAGCAGCUGUUGAUGUCGGUGGCAGAGGAGGAGCCUCCCCUCUCCUCCCCUCUUCCUCCUCCCUCCCUCUCCACUGCUCGCUCCCCGUCUCCCCCUCCAGAACCAGAACCUGCCUCCCCCUCCGGCGGCUCAGAGUCCAGCAGCUCCAGUUCUAUUUCCAGUUCCAGCACCAGUACGGUGACAGCAGGAACAGAAGCAGCACUGAGACACAUCUCAGAGGGAGAGAUGCUGAUCAGCCUCAACCAGCUGGCAGCCAUGACGGAGGAAGAAGCCGUCGAUAGUUUCUCCAGUUCUCUGCAGGAGCUGCAGGAGAUGGACCUGGACCCCCCCAGUGAAGGUCAGAUCAGAGGUCAGGACCUGCUGCUGAUCAACAGGAUGGAGGAACGAGUCACUUCCAGAGGAGAAAGACCUCAGCCAGGGGACUCCUGGGGGAAGGAGGAGGAGGUGAGUGUCGGGGAGGUGAGAGACGAACGGCCUACAAAACCUCACAGGACUACAAAUCCCAGCUGGCAGAGUCAGACGUCCUCACCUGGACAGAUCAGUCAGGCUGCAGACAUUGGUUUUGAAGCCACCAAUCAGAGCUCGGUUGCCGUGGGCAACCGGCUGGAGCCAAUGGAAACGCUGACCUCUGACCUGUCGCUGACUCCGCCUCCUCACCUGGAGGAAACAAAUGCAGCAGCACAGGUUGUUGUCAAACAGCUCGACUCACCAACAGGUAAACAGGAAGUUGAUGAUAGAGGAAGAAGCAGGAAGUUGGAGGUUCAGCUGGAGUCGUUCAGACCCGACGAGUCGAUCAGCGGAGCUUCAGAUUCAUCCAGCGACGUUUUCUAGAAGAAAAGUAAAUAAAGUUUAUCAGUUAAAACGCUGCUGAUCCUCAAUAAUGAUUUAUGAAGAGAUCAACUGAUAAAUAAUCUCUCAGAUUUACAGUUUAUUUCCUGAUUCAUUCAUGUUUUUAGAACUUUAUGAACCAAUAAACAUUUUUUUAGCUGUACUUUAAUUAUAACACUAUAAAUAGAUAAAGUACAUUUAUUUGUUUUAAUGAAAA